AUGAAGACUUUACCAAAGAAACAACUAACAGCAGAUGAGAUGGAUGAUGAGAGUGAUGAAGAUAUAGAUGAUGAGGAGGAGGAGGAAGAUGAGGAGGAAGAAGAUGAUGAGGAGGUAGAAGACGAUGAGGAAGAGGAAGACGAUGGUGAGGAGGAAGAAGGUGAAGAGAUACCAGGAGUAGGAUGGGCUGAUGCUAUGGCAAGCAUCCUCAGGAAGGAAGCACCAGAAGAGGGCUCGGCUGUCCUUGCCAAGUCAAAAGACUAUGCGAAAGCAAAGGAGGAAGAGAUGAAGGACUAUAUGGAGAGAAUAAAAGAGAAACAAAGCAGGAAGAAAUGGGAAAAUAUGUCCAAGGUGAUACCCAAAGUAACAGACAGGGAAUUUGAAAAAUCUCUCCAAAGAAUAGCUACAAAAGGUGUGGUGCAACUCUUCAACGCAGUGAAGAAGCAACAGAAGACUAGAGAAGAUAAGCUGAAAAAAGUAGGAGGCUCACAGCGGAAGAGAGCUAAAGUAGAGGCCUCACUAACAAAGGGAAAUUUCUUGGAUAUGUUGAAAGGCACGCCAGCACCUUCAAGUGUAGACCCUUCAUCAAAGGCAAAAGGAAGCAUUACAUCAACAGAGAAACCAUCAUCUGGGGAUCAGCCAUCAUGGGGGGUCUUACGAGAUGACUUCAUGCUCGGGGCGGGGAUGAAAGACUGGGACAAGGAGGGGAGCGAUGACGGGAGUGAUGAGGACGAUGAUGAUGAAAAAAAUGACAGUGGUUUAUCAUCAGAUUCAGACUGAUACACAACUAGGUGAUGAACUUGAUGGACGAUAGUAAGCCCAGGCAUUGUAUUGGACAUUGGUGACUCUGACAUUGAAUAAUCAUCAGAUUCAGAUUAAAGGAGAGCAUGACACAAGCUCUGUUGGAAGUGUUAGCCGUGGUUGCAGGGUUGGACAGUCAUGGAUUGAUAGAAGAGAGUGAGAUGGGCUCAUUGGAAAGAUGGUGAGCCCUGGCAAGCCUUUUAGGCAGCAGCUGAUCAAGGCAAAACAGCAGUUGUGAAAUUUGAAAUUGGACCAAUUAUGAGGAGGUGAAUCUAUUUUUGUUGUGAUGGCUAUUCAGAACCAGUCAUCAUCUUACUUCGAUCUUGCAGUUGAAUCUACUUUCUUCCAUGACAUGCAUAGAUUACAGUUAUGGUUUGGGUAUCUCGAGCAAAGCGAAAGCUGUCACUAUUCCAUACAAGUUGAACAUUGUGAUAUCAAAUCUUCUUCAGUGGAUGGAUGUGUAUAUUGUGGUAAUAUCUACUCCAUUACUACAGACUGGGAACAAUUUUUUUUAAAGAGAUUCCACAAUAGUUCAAAGAAACACCAAGCAUGUGAUUAUUUUUUUCAAAAAUGUACAUUUUGGGGGGUUUUAAUGAACUGAGAUAAUUUAACCAUUUUAUUAUCAAAAUUUCAAGUUAUUGUCAUUUUAUGUCAAGGGAUGAAUGUUAAAUAUGAUCAUUCAUGGAAAAUCUUGAUUUUUACCAAACUGUUAAGAUAACCCUAAAUCCAAGUUUGUUUGGCGAAUGAAUGAUUACAUUAGAAGUAACAUUUUCAGAAAUAAAGUAAUAUGUUAAGUGGAGAAAGUGAAGUGUUGGUAAAGUUUUCAGGGUUUACACCAUGUGGUAUAACCACCUUCAAUUCAUUUUCUACACCUUGGAAGGUAUAACAGAUGACAAACACACCCCAUAGCAAUACUGUCGUUAAAGAUUAUUUUAUCAUAUAUAGCCAUACAGUUUUCAGAACAUGUAAUAUUAUUAUGAUUAAAAGAUUAAUUCUUUUAUAUAAAAGAUAGACAA